CUCUUGUUUACCAAACCAAAAUUUUCGUCUUUCGAGCGCAUUCGCAUCUGGAGCUCUGGCACUCGAAACUCGAAGCUUCUCCAAUCUCAAGCCAUGGAGACUCUCCAAUCAAACCCUAACCCUCCUCCAAUCGAAGCCCUAGAUCCUCAACCCCCUACUUUCUCUAAUCUGUCUUCUGAAACUGUACCCUCCUACGAUCUCAAACCUCCUCCUCCUCCGGAAACCCUAGUCUCAGAUUAUAAGGACCCAUCUCCACCACCUCCCUCUGAAACCCUAGCUUCCAAUGCUCAAAACCCCGCCCAAAUUCCCCAGACUGGUACUGAGAAUGGUAAUUCAAACGACGGCAGCAAGACGCUUGCUCUCAGGCCCGAUAUCCAAAAGCCGCUGCUGUCGGAGAAUGGAUUGACCAACACCCAUAGUGGCACCGACAGAGAUGGCUCCGGUGGGGAGGAGGAGACGACGAGCAGGCGCCGCCGCCGCAGCCGGUGGGACCCUCAGCCCGAGUCAGACAACCAGAGUGGUGGCGGCGAGUCGGGUAGCGGCCCGAGGAAGAGGAAGUCGCGGUGGGCGGAUGAGGAGCCGAAGCCGGUGAUUCAGCUACCGGAUUUCAUGGGAGGUAUUGAGUUUGAUCCAGAAAUUCAAGCUUUGAAUAGUAGGCUUCUUGAGAUUAGUCGAAUGCUGUCUUCGGGUUUACCUUUGGAUGAUCGUCCCGAAGGUGCCCGGUCUCCUUCACCGGAACCUAUAUAUGAUAAUAUGGGAAUUAGGAUUAAUACCAGAGAGUUCCGUGCCCGUGAGAGGUUGAACAAAGAGAGACAGGAAAUUAUUGCUCAGAUUAUUAAGAGGAACCCUGCGUUUAAGCCUCCAGCUGAUUACAGGCCGCCUAAGCUUCAGAAGAAGCUUUACAUACCAAUGAAAGAAUAUCCGGGUUAUAAUUUUAUUGGUCUUAUCAUUGGCCCGAGGGGUAAUACCCAGAAGAGGAUGGAGAAAGAAACUGGUGCAAAAAUUGUCAUUAGGGGUAAAGGGUCGGUGAAAGAGGGUAGGCUGCAACAGAAAAGGGAUUUAAAACCUGACCCUUCUGAGAAUGAGGACUUGCAUGUUUUGGUUGAGGCGGAUACGCAAGACGCACUUGAUGCUGCGGCUGGGAUGGUGGAGAAGCUCUUGCAGCCUGUGGAUGAGGUGUUGAAUGAGCAUAAGAGGCAACAACUUAGGGAACUUGCGGCCUUGAAUGGGACAAUAAGGGAUGAGGAGUAUUGUAGAUUGUGUGGUGAACCGGGGCACCGUCAAUAUGCAUGUCCAUCACGGACUUCGACCUUUAAGAGUGAUGUUCUUUGUAAGAUAUGUGGUGAUGGUGGGCAUCCAACCAUUGAUUGUCCAGUGAAGGGUACAACUGGGAAGAAAAUGGACGAUGAGUAUCAGAACUUUUUGGCUGAGUUAGGUGGGACAGUUCCUGAAUCUGCAACUAAGCAGACCAGUACAUUGGCCCUUGGCCCAGGCAAUAGUUCAGUAAGCAAUCCUCCUUGGGCUAACAGCGCUGGGAGUGCUAGCAGUGCAUCAUCACAUCCAGGCUUGGGAUCAGUUGGAAUCAAGCCUACCAAGGAAUACGAUGACACAAAUUUGUACAUCGGAUACUUGCCACCUACUCUUGAUGAUGAUGGUUUGAUCCGAUUGUUUUCACCUUUUGGUGAUAUUGUGAUGGCCAAAGUUAUUAGGGACCGGAUUACCGGAUUGAGUAAAGGUUAUGGUUUUGUGAAGUAUGCAGACGUUCAAAUGGCUAAUAAUGCUAUUGCAAGCAUGAACGGUUUUCGCCUGGAUCAGCGAACCAUUGCUGUCAGAGUUGCUGGCAAGCCUCCACAGCCUGCUGUGCCUCCUGGACCUCCAGCAUCGACAAUGCCCACGUACCCUGUCUCUCUCCAGCCUGUUGGUGCCUAUCCAUCCCAGCAAUUUACCCCAGGUGGUCCUCUUGGGAAUGCACCACCUACUAGCUAUGCGGGUACUCCUGUUCCAUGGGGACCCCCUGUUCCUCCUCCUUAUGCUCCCUAUGCUCCUCCUCCUCCUCCUCCCCCCGGUUCAACCAUGUAUCCUCCACCCAUGCAGGGUCAACAUGUGGCUGCUUACGGUGCACGAUACCCUCCUCCCCCUGGUGCACCAUCUCAACCGGUGACCUCUAGUGAAGCACAACAGAAUUAUCCCCCUCCGGGAGUUCAAUCUGAAAACAGUACCUCUAUGCAAUCUGUACCAACUAAUAUGUACGGGGGCUCAGCAAUGCCACCAAAUGGCCAACAUUCUUAUCCUGCAUCUUCGUAUGGUUACUCAUCUUACUACAAUGCAGUUCCACCACCUCCUCCUCCCCCGGCCCCUGUACCUGGAUCAACUGCAGACCAAUCCCAGAGCAUUGGUAAUGUGCCAUGGGCCACAAAUCCUCCGGUUCCUCCUCCAGCUUCUUCCACAGAGAAGACAGCCUAUGGUGCAGAUGCAGAGUAUGAGAAGUUCAUGGCGGAAAUGAAAUGAUGCGGUCCCUCGGUAUUACUCCGAGUUGAUAGGACUGAUGUUUCUUGGAGCUCUUGUGAACCUGAUUUCUUACCUCUUGCCAUGACUUUGUUGAAGUUUGGGACUCACAUCUUUAACCUUGCUGUAAUGUUAUGACCUUUGCAGAGACUUGGGCUGGAACUUCAGUUGAUCGGUUUCAUGUUGGAAAAGUCAUUUUUAAACAAUAUGAUUCGUUUUAUUUGGGAGCUUAUGUUGCACGUAAUUUUUUUUUAUUUUGCUGGUUUCUUACUAAUGUCUCUGUUUCCAAGUUCAGUCUGAACGCCCACUAUUUGGCACUGAUGGUUUAUGAUGUUAUGUUGAUUUAGUGGGUUGCAUAACUAGUUUGCUGUUUGCCCUAACUGUUUUGUCUCUCUAGUUUUUAUUGUAAUUCAAUUUUUACCUUGAGGACCCUAA